AUGGGGUCUGCGCACGACCAAAUGAGAGCCAUGUUGGACCAGCUCAUGGGCACUGGUAGAAACGGGCAAACAAGUAGAUACCAAGUGCAGUAUAAUGAUCCAAAAGUCUGUAAAAGUUUCUUAUUGUAUUGCUGUCCUCGUGACAUAUUGGCAUCUACCCGCUUGGACAUUGGUGAAUGUAAAAAAAUACACGAUAAUGCAUUAAGAGCAGAUUUUGAAAAAGCUCAACAGAAGUUUGAUCACUAUUAUGAUGUAGAUGCUACUGAACAUUUACAAGCAUUCAUUAGUGAUAGUGACCGAAAGACUGAAGUAGCUAGAAAACGAUUAUCAGAAACUCAGGAAAAACUUACUGCUGAAGUAGCUGAAAAAGAAAAUGCUGUUUAUGAAUUAGCUGAGAAGUUAGGUCAAACAUUGGCCAAAGCUGAAGAAUUUGGUGCUCAAGGUAUGGUUGAUGAUAGUCUCAAGUUGAUGGGAGAAAUUGAAGAUCUGCUCAAAAAAAAAUCAGAAGCAAUAGAUAUUUAUCGAAAUUCUAUGUCUGUAAGCAGUUAUCAACAGCAACAUUUAAGGGUGUGUGAUGUAUGUACAGCUUAUUUAAGUAGUCAGGAUAACAAUCGAAGAUUAGCUGACCAUUUUGGAGGAAAAUUACAUUUAGGAUUUAUGAAAAUAAGAGAAAAACUAUCAGAACUUGAAAAAAAUUAUGAAGAAAGACACGAAGCUCGGCGUAAAUUUUAUGAACAAGAGCGUUAUAAAAGAGAUGAUAAAAGAAGUCACCGGUCUAGAAUUGGAGAUCGAAAUGAACGUAACCGACGGUCUAGGUCACGUAGCCGCCACAGUAGACAUCGUUCACGUAGUCGUAGUCGCAGUCGAACCCACAAACAUGACAGAAGAGAUAGAGAUAGACGUCGCUACUAA